UUUUAUAAGUUUAACUUCUGUGUUAAGGUGCCGCCAUGCUGUAUAGUAGGUAAAAGGGUAAAAUUGCUUUAAGAGAAAUACAUUGAAUAAAAUGAGCAGCUCAGGUUAGUUCUGACCGAAGAAAAGUAAUAGUUACUCUGUGAAAUGAACACCAAGAAGGAUAAACAGCCUCUGGCAGAAUGUGAUGCAAAGAUAAAAGAAAUCCGACUUCAGUUGAAUGAGCAGCUGAAAUGUCUCGACCAACACACAGAGUCACGAACCACUUUGCUCAAUGAUAUGCAAGAAUUUUUCAAACGGAAAUCUGAAAUAGAUUCAGAAUACGCUCGGAAACUGGAUAUUUUAUCUGAGAAGUAUCUCACAAAGCAAAGAAACUUAUACGCUAUAAAGAAAGAGCAGCCAGACCUUGACCUGCAAUCACCCGUAUUAUGUUGGUUUCAAAUGCUUGAACAAUGCCAGCGUGAAAGCAAAGAUCAUCAAUCAUUAUCAAACAUAUAUGCUAAUCACUUUAUUCCAAGGUUGCAGAUUGUAGUUGAAGAUGCCAUAAGACUUCACAAAAAAACACGUGAGAUCGCUCUAUGCUCGCAUGAAGAUUUACUUAAAGAUCUUCGUAAGCUGUAUCAGUCCAUGCAGCUAUAUCAAGUGUAUUAUACUGAGUAUGUACAAGCUGAAAGCAAGUUACGAGUUGCGGAAAAACAGUUUGACAAAAGGAAUGAGAAAACUUUAGAAAACUCCCCGAAAACUGGGACAACAAAGUCAGAAAGGUCUACNUUCGUUCCGAAAUUGGAAAAAUUAAAAGAAAAAAGACAACUCAAGUACUCUGAGAGCAAUCUCAAAUCUGUGAAAGCACGUAAUGAAUACAUACUUCAACUAGAAGCUACAAAUGCUGCUAUCAAGAAAUAUUAUGGAGUAGAUAUCGACAACUUGUUAGAUACGAUGGGCAUGGGGUACCACAAGUCACUUGAGCGAGCAUGGGGUUCAUUUAUAUCAGCUGAAGUUGCCGCACAAGACUCCAAAAUGACUGGCGUUGGCUUGCUGAAGAAAACUGUACAAGAACUGGACCAUGAUAAGGACAAGAAAAGAUGUAUGGAAAACAAUGUGAAUGCAUUCGCCACGCCACCUGAGUUUAUAAUGAUGACACACAGCAGUGAUGAUGUGGCCAAAGUAUCGCUUGCUCUUCCUCAGCUGCAUCGGGAGAUUGACAAAAGAUGUAGUGAGAUGGAGAGGACAGUACAACAAAUGCUCACGGAUGAAGAUGAGCUGCUGCCUAUUGUUCAUGCGGGUAUGAAACUGGCAAAAUCACACAGUCAAACUCGUUCGCCGUUCUUUGAAGGACGUUGUUCGUACGAUACGCACACGAACAUUAAUGACGCCUCAACAAACAUCAAUGCUGUUGAUUAUUACAUAGAAAUCCCUAUAGCUGAAACUAGCACAUUUACAAGUAAAUCUGGUCCACCAACUGUACUUCGUAAGCCCAAAAAAAAGUUUAUUCGUCGCAAGAGAGCUAAACACUCACAAGUCAACAUAGCAUGCCACUUUAGCACCGACCUGCAAGCUUAUUUAAAGGAAUCUGGUCGAUCCAUUCCGCUCGUAGUUGAAAGUUGUAUUCGUAUUUUGAACUUGUAUGGGUUACAUCAUCAAGGCAUAUUCCGUGUCCCUGGUUCCCAUCAGGAAAUAACGGAAAUGAAGCGACUUUUUGAGGCUGGUGAAGACCCAGUCAGUGAAAGAGAGGAUGAAGUAGAUAUCAACUCAGUUGCAGGAUUGCUUAAACUUUACUUCCGACAACUGGAUGAGAAACUUUUUCCGAGAUAUAUUUUUGAUGAUAUUGUUCAGUGUGCACAUAUAUCGGACAUGGAAGAUCGUGUUGUGAAAAUCAGGAAGAUUAUUCUCAACAUCCCUGAGUCCGUGCUCAUCGUGAUGAGAUAUCUCUUCGCGUUUCUUAACCAUUUAUCGCAGAACAGCGACGAAAACAUGAUGGACGCAUACAACAUAGCUGUCUGCUUUGGUCCCACUCUGUUACCAGUACCAGAUAACUAUGACCAAGUCACUUGCCAAGCUAAUGUUAAUGAAAUCAUAAAGACGAUAGUAGUAAACCAUGAAGCUAUCUUCCCUGAUAAAAUGGAUGGACCGGAAUAUGAAAAGGUCAUGACCUCUGACGAGUUUGCCCCCGACGACCCCGGUGAUACCAUGGCAACUGAAGUCGACCAAUCAGCUGCCGAUCAUCACAGCGCUUCAGCACACUCUAGUGUCAGCGAUGACGAAUCUGAGCAGUUUUUGGAAGCGAUGGCAAAGUAUGAUUAUAAAGGUCGUUCAGAUCGUGAGUUGUCUUUCUUAAAAGGUGAUUGCGUCACUUUGUACCAUCGUGCGUCUGAUGACUGGUGGGAAGGAAGUUUUAAAGGAAAAGAUGGUCUUGUACCCCAUGCUUAUAUCGUUGUACAAGAGUAUAUAGAUGGUAUAUCUGACGUAUUAUCAAGUUGCAAUGAAUCAGAAGUGAGUCUCGAUAGUGGUGGAACCCCUCAAUCACCUGCGCACAAAAGCUCACAAUUUUUUAACCCAUCAAAUAACAGGAGAAUGAGCAGUGAAACAUCUCGUCCAGCUGACCAAUCACGUUUGCCGAUGAAAACGAAGUCGUUGGACCGUUGCAACAACGCACAAGAAUACAUUCGACAACAAAAAGCCAAAGCUAAAAUAGGCUUGGUACCUACAAUUGAAUCACCUGGCAAAGUUCAACGGUCCGGCAGCAUGAGGUAUGAAAAACCUCCGCCCGCUGAGCUUGAUCAACAACCCAGUGUUGCCGAAAAUGAUCCCGCAAGCCUCAGUGUUGCCGACAGAAUUGAGCGUUUUCGUAAAAGCACAAGCUCAACAAAAAUUGAUCCAGAUGCGUUACAAAGGCGUCCCUACGGCAGCAUACCAUGUAUUGUGCUUUAUGAGGGCCAACGCAAACAAGAUAUUGAUGAGACAAUGAGACAAGCAAUGGACCAGCUGCAAACAUUGGACAUGCAUGGUCCACAGUCUNAUAAAGCAACUCCAGAUGUGGGAUUAGACACACUGGAGAACAGAAUAGGCCAGCGCAGUGAAUCAACAACUGAAUCACGGAGUAGUACACUCUCUUCCACGGACAGCAGACGUAGCGAGAAACAGACAACGCCGUCGCCGCAGUCAAGUGGAAAUUGGAAAAGCCACAUGAAAAGUACCUCAGUUGGUGCAUAUGACGCAAAAAAAUCAUUUAUCGGAAAGCAUUCGAAAAAUAAUAACAAUAAUAAUGGAAAUUCUCAUUACCAAGUACCAACACAUCGUUAUCAAGGCAUGGCUGCCAUGGCUGGUCGCGAUUUUAGUACAUCUGCCCCUGCACCCCCCCGAGCAAAUGCAUUUGAACCCAUACGUUCAGGCAUGCCUUUCCAACAGAAAAAUCAACCCUUGAAACAAAGCGUGAGGAAAACUGCUUUGUAAUUCAAUAGUUCCUUGCCUAUUGUUGCCCCCACCGCAAUAUGUAUAUAUACAUACAUAUGUAGAAUUAUUUCAUACAUUAUGAACUUAAAGUUAAUAUAGUAUAACCUCAAGUCUGGUAGGUUGUUUUUCGAGUUCAAAAUCAUGAAUUACCACUAUGUGUUGGUACCCCAAAUGCUACGAGUACGAACACUACAUAUACAUACACCGUGUUUUAAUGUGAUCCCUUUUUAUCUGGUGUACUUACGUGUAAAUAACAUUGCGAAAAAAGGGUCGAGCUAAAACAUUAUCCUAUUUUAAAAGGCAAGACGUUUUUAUCCUUUAUUUUACGCAGGGUAAAAAGUGACUGUUUCGUAACUACAUAAUCAUGUCCUAAUUCAUGUUUUUGUUUUUCUGUUGCACUUCAGCCAAAAAGCGCUGUCAGUUUAUAAUUUCCAAAACAAUUGCGUGGUACACACGUCACAAACGCUUCAUCUUGAAAUUUACGCUACAUUUGCGAUUCUGCUGCCUGUUAUCAAGGCUAUUGCAGCCUGCUAUGAACUCAGUGUUGUAACGUGGAUGCACUUUCCGUGUUAACUUGUAAUGGACGAGAAUAGAGAAGUUAAAAUUGAUUA